AUGCCGCAAUAUAACCAGCUGCUGUUGCCGCAGGAUGAUUUGGAACAAUUACCUUCCCAAAAUAAUUUCUACAGUAAAUUCAAUACAGGAUGCGCUAGUUGUGCCGAAGAUUCUGGUGUAACAGAGUUAAAGGACGCAUUAGACGACCAUACUAGUACUCAGGGAUAUACGGAUAAGGUUGUAAGUGCAUGGUGUUGUAUGUCCAAAAUAAAGGACAGUAGUAUCUCCCAUAAUGAAUGGUGUUAUUCUUUAUAUUAUUGGAUUGGAGACUUUUUAUUCAGGAAUUCUACGGAUGGUAACUUCGUUGCGGGCAUGAUACCUUCGAUCUGUAAGAAUGUGAAGGUUACGUACAAGAAAGAGGGAUGUGAAAUUAUCUGUGAUCCAGUUGAAAGAAAUCUUUUUCUUCACAGGAAAGUAAUAUUCGACUACAUUUAUGACUACACUACAUUAAAGGGCCUCAUAAGUAAAAGUGGUACGGAAUGUACUAAGAAAUAUGGCACAUACAUGAAUUGUAUUGUUACCGCAUAUAAUGCUUUAACUGAAUACUGUAAUAAACCUACAAAUAAUAAUGAUCCAUAUUGUGAAGAAUUUAAAAGCAAAUUCCAUGGCAGUGAAAGUAACAAUAUUCCGAAACCAUCAACAUUGAAAUGUUCAACAGUGCAGGAAGGAGGACAUGGAACACACCAGGCGGACACACUCACCUCCCCUGGAAGUAGCAACAUUACCACUAUCACUUCUACCAUAAUCCCAAUAGUAGGCCUUCCAUUUGUUAGUUUUUUUUUAUAUAAGGUAACUAUUAUUAAACAUCUGAUAAGUGCAUACACUUCCCUACCUUUUUGGUUUCGUAACCAAUUUGGAAACAACAACAACAGCGGUGGAAGAAAUACGAGAAAAAGAUCGGCGGGGCCUAACUUUAGUACAUUCACAGAAGACGAUUCUUCUACAGAGGUUUCAACAGUAUAUGAAUCCACGGAAGCUUCCACGAGUGACUUAACAGAGAAUUCUUCUUUAUGUACAUCACCAUCAUCUAUCAGCACCAGAAAAGGAAAAGGAACAAAUAAUAGACAUGGAAGGAACAUACGUUAUCAAGCAAUGUAA